UCACUAUCUAUAACGACUAAUGUAGUUUAAUCUAUUUCUGCUUCUUGUAGGAGGUGUCACUGGCAACUGUACUAAAGAACAAGGUGUUGGCAUGGCUUCCUACGGCUUUCGGACGGUUAGGACUUGCUGGGUCACACUGUUUGCUGCCUUGCUGCUACUGGGCUUGGCCCAGUUGAUGUAUCGCGACUGCAGGAUAACACACGCCAUCCAGGGACCGACAGACAAAGCAGCAUCGGACGCAGGGCAACAGCAAGUAUUAUUGACUCUCAGUCAGUUGGAGGAGAUUCGGCGCCAAGUUGCAACUGGCAUGCAGACCACACAUGUAUUUGUCCUGUAUCACCUGGAGCAGAUUGCCAAGAAAAAAUCAGGCAAAGAAGCGGCCCAGGUGAAGGCGGUGCUUGCCGAGGCCGCGGACCGUCUCAGGGUGACCCAGCUUGACCUGUCAAGUCUUGAUCGUCUGGCUGGGCUGUCGGCGUGGAGGGACCGAGAAGCUGCAGCUCUUAGUCAAGUGGUGCAGCAGCGCCUCCACACACUGCAAAACCCCGUCGAUUGCCACACCGCCAAGAAACUCAUAUGCCAAGCAGACAGGGUGUUGUCGGGCGUGCAACUGGGGUCAUCAGGAAUGGCUCCAGUGGAUACUCACCGUCUUCUGUGAAAUUUAAAAUUCAUUAAUCCAUUAUCCAUUUAGCAUAGAAAAAAAUUAAGAAAGGGUAGCUGUUCCUUGGUGUUGUCCAUAAUGAAAAAAAAUCAGCGAUCUUUUGUUACUUUUGUAUUGACGAUAACCCUGCUGUGGCUGGCUGAUUAUAAUGACUAAGAAAGUUGCUGAACUGCCAGACCCUCAUUAUAAUGGACCCCACUACCAUUUACUGUUGACUUUAUGUAUAGACGAGCUUGGUAAGUAGCAUGAUGUGGCAUUGACAAUGUGGUUUUAUGUGAGGCAGUCGUAUCAUUAUGAAAUGCAUGAAAACUAUCUUAAAAUUCUUUUAAUACCUAUUGCUGUGGUUGACAUCUUUAUCUCAUGACUGGCCUUCUCACAAAGUACCUGAGUUACUUUAUCAAUGGCCCUUGAUUGGUCCAUUCCAACACUGUUUCCAAUAACACCUUGAAAGCUGCCACUCGCAAAAAACCUUAGUGUAGCCAGAACCUGGGCGUGUGUUGGGAGUGCAUGUGCCCUCCUGGUUCUCCUUUCCAGGUAGGGGAGCAGCUCAUCACAGAGCCUGAUGAUUUCCUGACGGGGAAAUCUAUACACCUGCAACAGGUGUUCAUCACUGACGUGUAGUGAGUCGAGUGGGUCCCGAUAUCUCCUUUCCCUGCACAGUCUGCGAUUGAAAAUGUAUGCCGCAACAAGCUCCAUCUGUAAAACACAGAAAUAACUACAUUACUAGAAUGAACUAGAACACACGGGAAUUAUUUAAGACACAUAAUUGUAAGUUAAUUAAAUGGCCCUUAAAAGGAAAAGAAAUAUCAAUGUUGCUGUUAUCUAAAAAAACACUGCUAGAGAGGACUAGAACAUACGGUAAUUAUUUAAGACACAUACUUGUAAGCUAAUUAAAUGGCGCUUAAAAGGAAAAGAAAUAUCAAUGUUGUUGUUAUCUAAAAAUAAAUUGAGGACUUUGCUUAAAGCAAAUAACAAUAAUAAUAAAGAAAGAAACUUGUUUAAAAAAUAUGAGUACAGCUCCCCGAGCCAAAGCCUUCUUGGCUUCACCUAAAUCUCCACAACUAACGCACAAACCAUGCAUGAGUGGCAUUUAUGUGACCCUGCCACGUUGAAAUAAAGCUAUACACAUGAAUGCUAUUACAGAUGCAUGGGAAAAGAAAUAUUAAUCCAAGCUAUCCGAGCCAAAGCCUUAUUGGCUACACCUUGCCACGUUGAAAUAAAGCUAUACACAUGUAUGGAGGCUAUAAGAGCUUUAUGAGAUAAAAAAAAAUAUUGAUGUAUGCCAACCAAACCACCAUCUAAAUCGGCUACACAUAAAUCUCCACAACUAACCCACACAUCAUGCGUAAAAGACGUUCCUGUGACUCUUGCCACCUUAAUGUAAAACUAUACGUAUGUAGGAGUGCAAACACGUACCUUAUAUUGUGUAUAGAGGUGGAGAUGUGGAUGAGGCGGAGACACUUCUUCAGUGGCGACGGGUUAGGACGCUAGGACGUUAGGACUAGCCCCGCUCGCCAGCAGUCCUGGCUGAGAGGCGAAACUGACGUCACAGGGCACAGGGCAGCACUUACGACCACAGUGGAGGAGUGUGGUGUUCUUGAAAGGUCUGGACUUCUUGAGACCUCGUAAAAUUCUCAGCAACAAAAAUAUAAAAUAAAAUAUCUGAAAAUUGAGUUCUCAGACUCACAGCCCCUUCUCGUCUCUUACUAUGACCAGUCACAACUACCAUAGGGCAAGGGAAGACCAGAUGAACCUGCUGUUAGGUUUAUUUAAAACAACAAAGAAAACUCGCUGGAAAAAAAGGAAUAAUUAAUUAAUUCCAGGCACACAGCAACCUAGCUAACUAUUUUAAAACAACUUAUGCAAUAAGUGUACUUAACUGUAGGUGGGCUAAGCAGAAGCCACACCUGAUCUACCACGUGGUCCGUUCUCACUGGAUUCCUCCUUCAGUCCUCUUCUCGUACCUUCCAACAACACCGCCGCCUACUCGUACCUCCCAAAGGCUUCUCUCGCCUGCAGUACGCAGUCACACUGACUUUUGGAUAUUAUCAGGGCAGGAAAACCACCACGAUGGACACAUGGCUCGGGAGGUUGGUGAAGGACGUCUGGAUGGUGCUGGGUCUCUCGAAGAAGUGGUGUGGGUGCGCCGCCGACCCACAAUCCUCAGCUGCCGCGCUCCGCGGUCAAGAUGCCAGCACUCACCACAACUGAUAUCUCUCUCUUUCUGCAUAACACUUACACUAAAGGCUUUAACGGCUACGGGUUAUUAUUUAUUAAUGACCUAACACCAUGCACUAGGUAAUAGUGGGUCAUGCAUCCCACUCAUAGUUCAGCUUUGGCAGCAAUAACGAAUAGGAUUUGAAUAAGGUCCUGUUUCCCGCAUGCCUGGUUUUCCCGCCUGUCCUGGGACUUAUUUUCCCGGUCUCUCAAUCAAAAUGACGGUGACUCCCGCGGUAUUUUCCACGGGCUAUUUCUUGAAUAAUGAAAUCAUGACAAGGAGUUAGUCCCCAAUGGUGAGGUAUGACCGUUUGAACAUACCCACCCUGGAUACAGAUGCGCACUGGUGAAAAGCGGGCUUUAAGAACCUGUUAUUCCUCGAAAUUAGCACGUAAGCCACGGCAGUGCUGAAUGACAUUAUUUAAUUGGUUUCAUUGCGCCUCGGUAGAGGGACCUUCCCGCACCCACAUCACUCUUGUUUUGUUGACUAGGACCCUGUACUAGGACCCUGUACUGUCCGGUGUCCGGUGACGGGGCGUUGGAUCCAUCAGCAUUGCGUUGGGGACCGACAUGUCGCCGCCCCGUUCCAGAUGCCAGCAACUUCCUUCCCUUACUCCCCCCCCUCCUCCCCCCCAACCGUCCGCCACUCUGCCGCGGCGGCCGGAGGUAAAGGAGCUGCGAAAGCCUCCGGAGUGGACUCUCCGGAGGUUGUGUCCACGGGCGCCUGGGCAUUGGUGGCGACCGGCUGAGAAAUAGCCGCAGACACACAGCGAUCACAACCGACACCCGGGGAUCUUUCAGCGAACCGUAAAUAGACGUUGGAGAAGACACUUUAAACUGGAGCGUCCUCGAGGGACUUCUCACUGCGUAGGAUUUCUGUUGAUGGGUCUCAGGUCAACCAUCAACAGAUGUAGAUUUAUGCGUAUCCAUCACUUUUAGGUGGGAUGGAGCAGACGGUGCAGACAAAACAAGGGGUGUGGGGCGAGAGACAAUUCUGAAAGUAGUAGGGCCGUGAUGGAUAUGUGAUCGAGGGGCUGAGGCAAAAAAUGUCGUUCUGGGGCUGGCGAGUAUACUGAGGGCGAGUCGGCUUGCCUCAGCGAAAUAACUCUUUCCCUGAUACUGAUGGGUAGUAGUUCUCUUUCAGAUUUGUACUGCUCACAGUCCUUUGAAGGUGCAGUAGGGGCCUUACCGCAAUAAUAGACCCGGAAAGAGCCGGGGAAGUCCUCAUCGUAAUCAUCCUUGCUAUAAAAGAAACACACUUGUGGUAGGAAGACACCUACUAUUCCUGGUGAGGUGUACACUGAGAGCGAGGUGGGUGCUGCAAGCCCACCAAAAACCCUUCCCGUGUCUUCACUUUCCGUUUCCCUAUUGUCACAUUAACACCAGAGAGUAGUUGAGCAUGCUUUCUAAAGACAAAUCCUCCUACCUUCCACACCACACUACAUACGCGCUAGACACACACCUCUUCAUCAAAAAAUUCAAAAUCAAAUAGGGCAAGGCAACACACAGCCUCGGAUUCCCCGUCUGGAGGGCGGGGGUGGGGGGGGGUCACAAAUGCCUUUAGAGCGGACUUCACUUUCAGCUCUCGAACUUAGAGGUGUCUUGAUACCUCUGCAAAAAAAGUCUGUAUUAACUUCUGCAACAUUCUUGGUCUUCGUUCUAAUUUUCAUUUUGUGGAACAAAACCUCGCCUCCUCUAAACCUCACCUCCUCUUCCUCACCGAAACACAGGUCUCGGAGGCUACUGACAGUAAACUCUACCUUGUUCCCUUCCACUGUCUCUAUCCUAAAUUUCAAUCCAAAGCUGGAUAUUGCGUCUACGUACCCAACGGCAUCACUUGCCCAUGACCUUGUCUCUUGAAUUUUCCACCGUCUGGCUAAGACUUUAUUGUCACUCUGUUCUUAUCUCUCACCUAACUCUACCAAUCAUGUAAAAUUCUUUGAUUAUUUGAACUCUUAAAGUGGAGCACAUCUUGACUCACGUUCCCUUCGCUGAAAUAUUCAUCAUAGGAGAUUUCAGUUUUCAACACCAGCUUUGGUUUUCAUCCUCCUUCACUGACCAGCCUGGUGAACAAGCCUACAACUUUGCUCUCCUAAAUGAUCUAGAGAAAUGUUUCACAACCUUACACGUAUUCCCAACCACCUUAGAGGCACACCCAAUAUACUACACCUCGUCCUGACCUAACCCUUCGGCUUACUAUGGUACAUUAUCCUUUCCGUUGGGCUCCUCCGAUCACAAAUUUACUUCUGUAUUAUGUCCUAUUGUUCCUGUACAGCCCCUGGACCCACCGAACAGGCGGUGCUUCUGGCAUUUUGCUUCAGCUAUGUGGGACGACCUGAGGAUGUACUUUUCCGAUUUCCCGUAGAAUGAUUACUGCUUCCCUCUGUGUGUGCCCAGCGCAUUACUAAGGUGAUUGUCUCUGAAAUGGAGGCACACAUCCACGCAUUUUCUCUACCCUUCAUGCUAAAAAGCCUUGGUUUUAAUCACGCUUGUUCUCGUACUAUCAAAGAUAGGGAGGAUGCUCUCAAAAAUACCACUUCGCACUCCUGCUAAUCGAGGUCUUUACAUUUACAUUCGGAAUCGUGGCAAAUCUAUUCUCCGACUUACCAAAAACUCAUUUAUUGAUAGAAAGUGAUGAUACCUUGUUUUCUCUAUUACUUUUAAUGACUUCUGGCACCUAGCCAAACAUAUCUCCAUCAGUUUCGCUUCUUCAUCUUUUCCUCCUCUCCUUCUUCUUGAUGGCAACACUGCUGUCACUAUGUCCCUAAGACUGAACUUUUCGCUCAGACUUUUUGUAAAAACUUCACUCUAGACGAUUCAGGGCAUAUCCUCCAACUCAACCCUGUCUGACUCCACUAUGCCUGUUAUCAAAAUUCAUAAGCAUGAUGUUUUCUAUGCUCUUUUUGGCUUCAAUCCUCAGAAGGCUUAUGGGCUUGAUGGAUUGCAUCCUAUUGUCCAUAAAAACUGUGCUUCCGUGAUGACACCCUGCCUGGUCAAACUCUUUCGUUUCUGCCUUUCAACAUCUACCUUUCCUUCCUGCUGGCAGUACGCCUACAUACAGCCUCUGAUUAAGAAGGGUGAGAGCUCUAAUCCAUCAAACUACCGUCCUUGUCCUUCUAAAGCUUUUGAAGCAAUCCUGAACAGGUAAGUUCUUAAGCAUCUAUCAACUUAUGACCUCCUUUCUGAUUGACAGUUUGGACUCCGCAAAGGGCGUUUUACUGAUGAUCUUCUUGGGUUCCUAAUUGACUCCUGGCCAUCCUCGAAAGCAAAGAUUUGUGCCAAUCUUUGCUUUUCAAACUACCCUCUUACGGUUUCUAUUCUCUCUGUACUUUUCUCCAACAAACUGUCCUAUCCACUCUAACGCCCAUGACCCUAUUUUGCACUACUCAACAUCUGUUGACAUAAUAAUCUUCCAACAGGAACUUCAUGAUUCUAGUCUGGUGGCUGCAGAACGCUUAACUUCAGACGUUAAUAUCAUUACCGAUUGGGGUAGCAGGAACGUAGUGUCUUUCAACGCGUCAAAAAACUCGAUUUUUUUUUCUAUUUUCAGAAAGCGUUUGAUAAAGUUCCGCCCCAUAAAUUACUUUAUAAAAUCAUGCAACUCGGUAUUGAUGGGAAAUUAUGAUACCAAUGGAUCGCAAAAUGGUUGAGCAACAGACGGCAAAGAGUGGUGAUCAAUGGACUGAACUAAGAGUGGGUGCCGUCACUAGUGGCGUUCCUCAGGGGUUAACUCUUUGCCCAGUUCUGUUUAUAAUUCACAUGAAUGACGUUGACGCUGGACUCCAUAAUCUCAUUAGUAAAUCUGCGGACGACACAAAGAUUGGUAAUUCGGAUCUCGCUGACGAAGACACAAAACCUCCAAGAAGAUUUCCACAAAAAUUCCGCUUGGUCUGAUAGAUAGAUGAUACUCUUUAAUACCAAUGAGCGCUAAGUUCAUCAAGUUGGUACAAGAAAUAAGAGGUUCGAUUACGAAAUGAGUGGCGUGAAACUCAAAAGCGUUCAGUGUGCCAAGGGAUUGGGCGUCAAAAUCACGUCAAGCCUCAAAUUCUCACAGUAAUACGUUGACGCAGCAAGCAAAGCGGAAUGCUGCGCUUCAUUAAAAAAAACCUUCUCAUUUAAGAAUAAGUAUGUAAUACUUUCAGUGAACAGUAGUUUAGUCAGAUCUCAUUUAGAAUAUGCGGUACAGUAUUGGUCUCCCUAGCACACAAAGGAUCUUGCAAAAUUAGAAGGCGUGUAACGUAGGGCAACAAAGAUGCUCUCAUUUUCGCACAACAAAUCUUACGACGAAAGUUUUUUUCCCCUUAACCUGUUCUCUCUUGAGAAACGUUGCCUCCGAGGAAAACUGAUCGAAUGUUUCAAAAUACUCGAUGGUUUUAUGAAUGUGGACAAAUCCAUAUUGUUUUUGAUCGAUGACACGUUCCGAAAUGUCUUUUUUUCUUCUAUAUUUCUAUAUUAGAAACUCCCACCGUCAGUAGUUCAGUCAGCACGUUUAAUUUGUUUAAAAACAAACUCGACCGCUACUUACUUCAACUGAAUGCUCACUUAGUCGAAAUGUAAGUCUUGGUGGCAUUAAACAUUAAGUUUAAUAAAAUUUCAGUAAGGACAUACCACCCACAGUCGCUUUACGCUUAGGUGACGAGAGUCCUCAUCGAUUUAGGAUGAGGCACCUGGAGCCCGACAGCCCCGUGCCGUUGAUUGGUUUACUGAAAACAUGGCAGUUGGGGAUAAAAAGGUACGUAGACGCAACAUCCAUCUUUGGAUUGAAGGUUAGAAUUGAGAUAAUAGGAGGGAAGAGAGUAGAAAUUACUGUCAGUAGCCCCGGAAUCCUUUGCUUCGGUGAGGAAGAGAAGGUGAGGUUUAGAGGAGGAGAGAUGGUGUUCCACAGAAUGAAAAUUGGAACGAAGACCACGAAUGUUGCAAAGUUAAUAAAGAAAAAGUUUGAGGGGCUAUCAAGGCAUCUCUUAGGUCGAGACCCAAAGGGGGACCAGCGAGAUAGGAAAGCCACUUUUUAACCAGUAGGCCAGAGAUGUACCCCACUCGCAGAGUGAGUUAUGAAAGUCUCCCCCAUCAGGUGGGUCAUAGCACUACAGUAAAAAGUGGAUUUCAAUGAUUCCGAUAAUUUUAUUCAUAUGUUUAUCACUUCCGCUGGUACCUUGUACAGCUCCAGCCGCUGGCCCGUGAUAUUAAGGCCCAGUCACACAUUCACGACAAUGACUCCUGGCGCCCUCCCGACAUCAGAUCACGCUCUGGCAGUUUUGAAAUGUCGCGUAGCCAGACGUACGUAACGACCAUCGUAAGUACAUCCCCUUGCGUGCCGAUCAUAGCCGAUAUCGAAAUGACGUUGUUACAACGUUGUUGAGAAGGACAUCCGACGGCCGUAGGUUAUUCGUAACGGCUGACAGAUGUCGGGGAGUGCCCCUAUUGUUUUGAAAUUUCUUGUCGGCGUGCGGCCCGACGGUGGGAGGCGUGGUCUGACGCCGGGAGAGCGCCGGGAGACAUUGUCGUGAAUGUGUGACUGUGGCUUUAGGGCCAUUCUUAC